AUACUAUAAUCACAUGGCACUGUUUCUUUGGGUUGCUAAUUAAAAAAAAAACAAAAAAGUCUUCUUUAUACGGUGAUACUGAAUCUAAAUUCUUACUUCAAUUCCACGCGAAUGAUUAGAUUGUAUCUGGUUUUUCUGUUAUCCACGUGCAAAAAUGGGAGAAAGAGAAGAGAAGAGAGAGAGAGAGAGAGAGAGAGAGAGAGAGAGAGGGUGAUGAUUGAAGACUGGGAAUGAAAGAGCUUCAGCUUGAGGCUCUGGGAGAAAGGGGAACAGGGUCUCAGGUCUCAACCUCAUACGCCCAAUCAGCUUCGAGAAAGACGAAGAAUUUUAAACUCAACCAAUCAUAAAGAACUUAUAAGAAAAAAGAAAAAAAAGAAAAAGAAAUAGAAUAAGGAAACGGGUAAAAAGCUUUUGGGGGUGUGGGGGGUUGGAUUUUGAUUAUGUUAUGGAGCACGAGAACAAGAAAAAAGAAAAAAAAACGAUGUUACCUUCAGAAAUUCCGAAUCUUGUGGGGAACUAUCCGAAAAGUCUAAAUUAUCUUUAUGGGAUUUUGGAAACCUACUAUUUGGGUUCGGUUCAAAAAUUUCUUGGAAAAUAAAUAAACUUUGUUUUUAUUAUAUACAUGUAACACUACGCAACAUAUUUUUUGGGGUGUUUUGUUUGUUCUGUCACCCAUCACAGCAAUGUUACUUUUUUAUCAGUUCGUCAAAAAAAAAAUAAAAGAAAAAGAGUUUUCUUUUCUUUUUUUUUUUUUUUUGUUUUUUAAUUUUGUUUCAAUGUUUUCGUAAUGUUUGACCUGGGGUUGGAUAUGCUGGAAUGUAAAAUUUCCUGACACCCCACCUCAUUUAUGUUAGUUUAAGUUAAAUCUAAUUAAUUUUGGUGACUGUGGAAAUUUUGAUUUUGUGUAUUUUAUUUUGCUUUUAGACAGAGAGCUAGAUAAUUUAUACUACAUAUUAGAAGUAGAUUCUUUUUAAAGAAUUUUUUUUUUUUUUUCUUCUCCGGGAUUUGAUUUUUAAGGGCUAGGGCUUUGCUUUCUAUACUUUACUUUUCCCGUUUUAUGAUCAUAGAAGCUACGAACACGCUUGGGUCGUCGAUAUUUCUUGAUUUCCUCUUCUGUGCAGUUGAAGUACCUCUAUUUCCUCAUCUGGGUCUGUCAGUUUUUUAUUUUUUUGGUUCUUUUUGUAAUUUUUCCCUCUUAAGGAGGCGAAAUUUCACUUGUUUUCUUGCCGGAUUCGUUGAUUUUCUUGGGUUUUCUCAUCUGGGUCAGUGUGCUUUUUCAAUUCUAAACGCAUUUGUGACUCAAAUUCGAGGGCUUUUUUGCAAUUUUGGUAUCUUGAGGUUGCGAAAGGGGGUUAAUGUUGCUGUUAUAUGGUCCGUGGUAAGUUCUUCCUUAUGAGAUAGGGUUUGAUUUGUUGGGUCCUGGAUCGAUUUGCUAGGGCCUUUGCUAUUAGGGUGGAUGCAGGCUAGGCGGCAAAGGUUUUGGUUGUGAGAUUUCUAGGUUCUGCUUUGUGUCGUCGUUUUGGGGGAUGUUUUGAUCUCCUAUUUUGCAGAUUUGGUUCUCCUUCUUUGAAUGCUAGAAAUAAGGUGAAAUUAUAUGUUCAAAUUUCUUUAGGAUAUAAAGUGCCUUCAGGGUUGUAAUCUAGUGAACAUGAUGGUUUUUGGAUUCUAAUUCUUUUCUGAGGAGCUUAAGCGGCUUUUAAUAGCCAGGGAAGUUUGUUGCUCUUUCUCUCGGCAUCUGCACAGAAUAAAUGUUUAAUUCUCAGGGAGCUUCGAAACAAGCUUGUACUCUUCUUGCAGUCACUUGUGGGAAAAUUUCUGAAUCUAAACAUAAGAAGGAUGUACUAGAAGAUCAGCCUAUAUACCCCUUUCCAGAGUUGAUCUCUUCAGGGCGUUUGGAGGUCCAGACUCUGAUCAAUCCAAGCAAAGAGGAGUUCUCUAAGCUCCUUGAAUCAUAUAAACCAAAUCUGGUAUACUUGCAGGGAGAGAAGCUUGAGAAUGAUGAAGUUGGGCCUCUUGUAUGGGGAGAUGUUGUCCUGUCUACUCCUGAGGCUGUAUCUGAGCUUUUUCAUACCAUAUUUCCAACAACUGUUUAUUUGGAGAUACCUAAUGGUGACAAAAUUGCAGAGGCAGUUCAUGCUAAGGGAGUUCCCUAUGUGAUAUAUUGGAAGAAUGCUUUUUCUUGUUAUGCUGCUUGCCAUUUUCGACACGCAUUACUAUCAGUGGUACAGAGUUCAUCAACUCAUACAUGGGAUGCUUUCCAACUUGCAUAUGCUUCCUUUAGGCUUUAUUGUGUACGAAACAACCAUGUACUUCCUACUAAGAGUCAUAAACUUAGUGGUGAUCUGGGACCAUGUCUUCUUGGAGAACCUUUAAAAAUCAAUGUUGAUCCCCCCGAGGUAGAGAUGGAAGAAGAUGACGAUGGCUCUUUGGGUACUCUCCCUGCUAUAAAGAUACACGAUGAUGAUGUGAGCUUGAGGUUUCUUGUUUGUGGAGUGCCAUGCACUAUGGACACAAACCUAUCACCCAUCCCUAGAUACACUGUAUUUUUCAUUGGAUACAUGAUCAGCUUAAUUGCUUCGGUUCAGGAUGCUUCCGUAUUGGAACCUUUGGAAGAUGGCCUCAAUGCCCUUUUGAACAUUGAGAUGCGUGGGGGGAAGCUCCAUGGAAAAUUCAGUGCUCCCCCACCACCUCUUCAGGCAGGGACAUUUUCUCGUGGUGUUGUGACCAUGCGUUGUGAUGUAACAACUUGUAGUAGUGCACACAUCUCACUUCUAGUGUCUGGUAGUGCACAAACUUGCUUUGAUGAUCAGCUCCUGGAGAAUAAUAUAAAGAAUGAAAUUAUUGAAAAGAGUCAACUCGUACGUUCAUUUCCCAGUAGUGAGGGUAACAAACUUCCUUUAUCUGAACCUCGGAAAUCUGCUUCAAUUGCUUGUGGGGCGACAGUGUUUGAAGUCUGCAUGAAGGUUCCUGCAUGGGCUUCACAGAUUUUGAGGCAGCUAGCACCUGAUGUAUCUUUCCGCAGUUUAGUUGCAUUGGGCAUUGCCAGCAUUCAGGGAUUACCUGUUGCUUCUUUUGAGAAAGAUGAUGCAGAGCGACUACUUUUCUUCUGUUCUAGUCAGGGGAAAGAUAUCUUUUCCACCGACUUGGCUUUUAGCAGUCCCCCUUCAUGGUUGAGACCUCCUGCUCCUAGUAGAAAGAGGUCUCAACCAUGCCAAGAUAUAAACUUGGGUGCUCAUGAUAGUCAUGGGUUUCCAAAGCAAGCUGCUUCUAGAUCAGAUGAAGAAGCCAAGGAGACUGGAGCAGUGAAUGGGGUUAGCCUGCCCUUGCUGCCAGCCCGGCAGAGAUUGAAAGUUGCUCCAAUGAGGCCCAUUCCUCAUGUUCGUCGCCCUAAAAUGACACCUUUCUCUGGAAUUUCUGAGGCAGAUGGGCAUGAUGGAGGACAAGUUAAGGCUAAUUUGCCAGUUGUUCCUCCCACAAAGCUCAACAUUGUAGGAUUAACUCCAACCACCCAACGAAAAUCAUUUUCAAGCUCUUCACAGGCUAAACAGAUUAUUUCCUUGAAUCCUCUUCCUCUGAAGAAACAUGGUUGUGGUAGAAGCCCAAUAAGUGCUUGCUCAGAGGAGGAGUUUUUGAAGGAUGUGAUGCAGUUCCUAAUCCUCAGGGGACAUAACAGACUCAUUCCUCAAAGUGGGCCUGCUGAGUUCCCCGAUGCCAUACUCAAUGGAAAGCGUCUGGACCUCUACAACUUGUACAAAGAGGUGGUUACCAGAGGUGGCUUUCAUGUUGGUAAUGGCAUCAACUGGAAAGGACAGAUCUUCUCGAAGAUGCGCAAUUAUACCAUGACCAAUAGGAUGACCGGUGUUGGAAAUACACUGAAAAGACAUUACGAGACAUACCUUCUGGAGUAUGAAUUGGCUCAUGAUGAUGUAGAUGGAGAAUGUUGCUUACUGUGUCACAGUAGUGCAGCAGGAGAUUGGGUAAAUUGUGGCAUAUGCGGUGAGUGGGCGCACUUUGGCUGUGACAGAAGGCAGGGUCUUGGUGCAUUUAAGGAUUACGCGAAAACAGACGGGCUUGAAUACAUAUGUCCACAUUGCAGCAUUAGCAAUUUCAAGAAGAAACCGCAGAAAGUGACAAAUGGAUAUCCUCAAGGAUUAACAGCUUCUCGGCCUCUAUGAUUCAGUUUUGCUCAUUAGUUUUGUUAUUUGGCUCUCUGACAAGAAGGCUACUUAUUUCUCCCCCGUGUCCUGCAUGAGAAAUUGUUAAUUUGUUCGGCCAUUGGGAUGAAAGCUGUGUUCAUUACACUUGAAUAGCAUUAAUGCUUGAAAAAUUAGGAGUAAAAAAAAAUGGGAGAGAGAGAGAGAGAGAGAGAGAGAGAGGACAAAUAUUAGAUCUAAGUGUAGGACAUACUAGUGUAGGCAGAUCGUUACAGGUGGGAAACUUCAAUUUUUGUCCCCCUUUUUUUAAAUUUUUAAUUUUUAUAAUUUGGGUAGGUGGGGGAGUGAGUGAGGAAUGUAUCAGUGGAAGAAAUCCCCGUGUUUUAGGAAAGAAGAAGGGGGGAAAAAAAAAAAAGAAAGGGGGUGGUUGUAAUAUAUAUAUAUAUAUAUAUAUAAUAUUUUUAUUUCCCAAAUGGACAUCUACUGCUGAUGUACUGCUUAAUGAAGAAGAUAGUUGUAAUAUCUGUUUAUUAAUGCUGAAUUUUCCAAAUCUAAA